AUGAAGACGAUGGUCUUCUUUUUGUCCUUUUUGGCAUUCAAUGCCAUUGCUUACGUCGCUAGUACCUCUCGAGAACUCCGUUAUCACAAUGCUGUGAAGGAUGAGUAUGCACAACUAGCUCAUGACUCAGGACUUAGGAAAGUAGAAUGGCAAGCUAGAAGAGAUACUGCUCCUUGUCCAAGAUUUAAGCAACAUUGUCAAUCAUAUGUAGAACAUUACGAGAGACAACAAAAAGAAGAUGCAGAUGUCAGUCGUAAAGCACAAGAGAAAGCUGACCUAAUUUCCCUUGAUAUUGUAAAGCGUAGAAAGCUUAAGGAUAACAAAGAGCAUAAGCAACUCAUAGAACAGGUGCAAGAACGACCACCAAAAGGAAACAUUGGUCACAAGCGUACCAGAAGUUACCGUUGAAACGUUUCACGUAUUAACAAGGAAGUUACUAUAGUUUCUUCAUGGAUGUUCAUAAGCCUGUGUUAGCAGACCAGUGCAACAUGGCUCUCGCAGG